AUGACUAAACCUACAUUCGUCAUUGUCCCUGGGGCACUUGCACUUCCCUCAAAAUACACCAACCUCUUUGAAGCCCUGGGAGCAAAGGGCUAUGAGCUCACAGGAGUACACUACCCCAGCGUCGGCUUCAGAGACUCACCUCAUAAGGAGGUUCUGCCGACACUUCACGACGACGCCGUCACUGUUGCUGAAGCGGUUAUCAGACUGGCAGAUGAGGGCAAAGAUGGACACUCCUACGGAGGCCUCCCCAUAACCGAGGCUCUCAAGAUCAAAGGUGUGAUAAAGGCAGAUCGACAAAAAGAGGGCAAGAAGGGCGGCCUGGUAAGACUCGCGUACAUGACAGGCAUCGUUGCGCCAGUAGGGUCGUCAGCCACAGAUAUCCUGGGGGACAUGCCUGAAGAAAACCGCGUUGAUUUCGUGACUCGUCCCGACGGCUGGGUCGACUGGGGCGACAAACCCUCCAUCGCCGCCCUCGUGCUCUCGGACCACGCCAACCAAUCCGAAAACCUCGCCUACAUCAACGCCACCGAAAUCCAGUCCGCCGUCAGCUUCACCAGCCCCCUGACCUACGCCGGGUACAAGGACGUGCCCGUGUCAUACCUGCUGUGCGAAGGGGACCGGAUCAUCAUCCCCAGGGCGCAAAGGGAGGGCAUUGAGUUGAUUGAGAAGGAGAGCGGGAGGAAGGUCGACGUAUACACGACGCAGGCGGGCCACUGCCCGAAUUUCACGGCGAUGGGGGAGGUGGUGGAGUACAUCAAAACUCUUUGCGGCAUCGUCGCCGUCGCCGCUGUUCUUCUUAUCCUGAGGGCUCAGCACAUCCUUCAAGGCACACCCCGCCUUGGCAAAGAGACGCAUGUCUUCGACCGUAAAAGCAUGCGCGGGCCGUCUUCUGCUGCGCUAAACCGUGGCAACGAUGGCAACCCGAGCAGCGGUGAUGAUGCUAACUUGAAGGCCGUGUGCGAUGGCCUUCGAAAAGAGCUGAUGGAUAUCGAGAAGCAACUGCAAGAUGAUGAGAAAAUCCAACAGGCCCUUGAAAUGGCCAAACGAUGUGAGUACGGAUACUCGUAUGUCAGGCAUGGCAAUGGCUAUCGGUGUGCUGGGGGUUUGCACUACAUCGCUGAUGUAGAGGUGCAAGCGCAUCUUCACUAA